ACCAUUCUCCACUCUCUCGCGCACACACACUCUCCCCCAGACCUAGACCUAGGGUCGGCCACCAUGGAACCGCCGCCGCCGCGUCGCCGCGCCUCGCCGCCGGCGAUCCCGGACGAGCUCUUCGAAGAGAUCCUCCUCCGCCUCCCACCCGACGACCCCGCCUGCCUCCUCCGCGCCUCCCUCGUCUGCAAGGCCUGGAGCCACACCGUCUCCAGCCCCAGAUUCCGCCGCCGCCUCCAUGAGCUCCACCGCACACCCCCCGUGCUCGGCGUCCUCCACAACUGGGCGGACGAGCGCAUCCCCCGAUUCAUCCACACCACCGCAUCGUCCUUCUCCCUCGCCGCCCCGGUCUGGCGCACCUGGCGAGCCCUCGACUGCCGCCACAGACGCGCCCUCUUCUUCCCCCAGGAAUUCGGUGGUCCGGAAAUGCUCCUGUGGGAUUCAAUCACGGGCGCCCAGCAGCGCAUACCGGUGCCCGCGGCGUUCAAGAGCGACGAUUUCCCAACGGCUGCCGUGUUCUGCGCAGCCGACGGGUGCGACCACGGUGACUGCUUCGGUGGUCCUUUCCGCGUGGUCUUCUUCUUCACCGUCGAGGUAGACGAGGGGACGCACGCCACGUCGGCGUGCAUAUACUUGUCCGAGACUGGCGCCUGUGGCGAGCUGACCUCAGCUCACUCCAACCGCGAGUUCUUGGAAUUCAGAGAAAGCUACAGCGUGCUCGUUGACAGAUCUGCGCUCUACUUCAUGUUGGACGGCAACGCGGAUACUGCGUCGGUCGUGCAAUUUGACUUGGCAAGCCAUGACCUGACUGUGUUCGGCCUACCGGACACAUACUACGACUUUGCAUAUAGCCUCGUGCUGGUGGAGGACGGUGGAAUCGGAGUAAUCCAAUGCUUGAAUACACGUCUCAAAUUGUGGAGAAGAGAGGCCAGCGCUGAAGUAGGAUGGGUGCUGAACCGGGUCAUGUGCUUGGAAAAUUUCCUCCCAGUGGAUGCUCUCUUGCAUGCACAACAUAAAGUGCAAGUGGUGGGCUUUGCUGAGGAAGCAAAUGUGAUUUUUGUUGACACGGUUGCUGGCCUCUUCACAAUAGAGCUACUAUCGGGGCAUGUGAGAAAGGUGUGCAGUGAUCCUGGCGUCCGUAUUUUCGGUUCAUAGUUGCUCCCAAUUGUCAGCUUCUACACUCCUGUACCCCAAGGCAAGCACCAGAAUCUGCUAGCUUCGAAGCCUAGUGAGGAGGGGGAGAGGAGGAAAGAACAGUGGAUCAGGCACAACAAUUGUUGAACAAGGGGUCCAAUGCUACCAAGGAAGUUUUUAUUAACACCUUCGAAUACAUCAGCCAUGACCUUGA